AUGCUCUUACUGAUAGGGUGGAUCGCAACUGGACGACGGGCGCCGGCACUGGAUUUCAACGCUUUCAAUCAAGUCGAGAAUACAACUGAUUGCGCGUUCCUCGACGAUGUGCGCGAAGCACUGAGCCUUCCUCCCACGAUUCAAUAUGCGCGGCGCGUGAUUCGAUCUCGAUCUGUCAACAACCCUAUCAACAGCCAAGGAUCACCUAUCAAAGUCGAUACGAGGCUGAUCCCAGCCUUUGGAUCUGUUCGAUUUGAUCAUGAAGACUGCCACUUGAAAAAAGCUGCUUCGGAGAGCGGAGGCGAGCCGGCAAUGGUGGAGUACAACGAACCCUCCUUCGGAGACAUCGAUACUUCACGCUUGCUUCUCGGAGCGUCGACAUCACUACAUCGAUUUGAGAAAGUUAUACCGCAGUUGGCUCGUUGGCUAGCCAAUACCAAGGCGUCUUUGGUUGUCAACAUCAGAGACCAUAAAGACCCAGCGAAGAUGGAAAGGGUUCAGAUGCUUGCUGAAGCGGCUGGGAUCGACGCUGUGCUGCUGCAUGAAAAGGUGGGCAGCGCAGGAAAUGGUGACGAUCAUGCGCAACAAAAUUUCGCCGUCAUAAAAUGUCUUCACCGGCGUCGAGAGUUGCAUCACAAGUGGUUCGCAGUCAUCGAUGAGGACACAUUUUUCCCAUCCUUGCCCGCAGUCCUCCACGCUUUGCAGCCCUACGAUUCCUCGAAACCCUGGUAUAUUGGAUCGAUGUCAGAAGACUGGUCUCAGAUUGCGCAGAAACACGGCUACAUGGCUUACGGUGGUGCUGGUAUCUUCUUCUCCGGACCGUUACUCGAUGUACUUCACGAGAACUUCGAUGCUUGCGUCAAGAAUGGCUUUGGAGGAGACGAGCUCUACAAAUUCUGUAUAUACAGCCACACCUCGCCUCCUGUUCAGCUGACUCUCCUCUCCGGAUUGCAUCAACUGGACUUCCAUAUGGAUGCAAGUGGGUGGUACGAGGCCGUACCAAGACCCUUACUCAGCUUGCACCACUACAAUAGCUGGCACCUCUACCCGGUUGAGUAUGGACACCUCGUGGCGGACAUUUGUGGAUCCGAAUGCUUUCUUCAGCGUUACCGUUUUGAGGAGAAUGUUGUCCUUACAAAUGGGUACAGCGUCGCACAGUAUCCCGCAGGUGCCGAUCAUCUUGACCUCGCUCGCGUCGAAGGCACUUUCGAACACGAUGAUGAGCAGUUCUUGUUCAGUCUAGGCGCAGUCCGACCGAAACUCUCCAUCAAAGAAAAGAUCAGCUGGCGACUUGAAUACGCUCAGAAAACGGCGUCUGGCGACGUCCGUCAAUUUUACAUCAGACGCAAAGGCCACAAUAUGACCGAUCAUGACAGACUGAAGACUGAUGUCGAGAGUGUUCUGGAGCUGGAAUGGAAGCGAUGA